AUGAAGUCCAUCGCUACUUUCGUCCUUGCUUUCGGCGCUGCCUCCGUUGUGGCCCAGAACCAGUGGCCCGAGGGCUUCCCCGAAUGCGGUGUAAGUGUCCUUUGUCCCAGCACUCGAUGUCGUCACGCCGCUAACCACCAUGUACAGAAAACCUGUAUCAGCAACAUGCAAGGCAAGGCUGGUAGCGAGUUCUCCAACUGCGCUGCCGGUGAUGCUGCGUGCCUCUGCGGAGCCGCCAACUUCCGCUGGGGCAUCAACGACUGCGCCGACCAGGCUUGCGGUAACUCGGCUGUUGCCCAAGUUGUCAAGGAUUACGGCGUCGCCUAUUGCAGCUCUGUCAAUGCCCCUACCGCCAUCCCCCCUACUGUCUCGAAUGUCCCUACUACCUCGGCUGAUGCCUCCGCCACCACCACCCAGGGCUCUGAGAGUGCCACUACCACCGAGUCCAGUGAUGAUGCCACUCCCACUCCCGUCUCGACCCAGACUUGGACUUCGACCCUGACCUCUGAUGGCGUCGAGGCUACUGCCACUGGCACCACUACCAUUCUGGGCAUCUCUAAUGUUCCCGGUGCUACCUCGGUUCCCGAGACCACCCUCACCACCGAUCUGCUCACCACCGUCACCGAGGACUCCACUACCUUCACCUCCACCGUUGGCCAGACCACCCUCACCACCAGCCUCACUGGCUCUGCCCUCAGCAGCGCUCUUAGUAGCCAGGCUGACGAGGCCACUCAGUCUUCCGAUGCUAGCACCAGCACCAGCAGCGCCUGGGGUGCUCAAGUCACUGCUCCUCCCGCCCUCGGCUUCCUUGCCGCCGCUGGUAUCGCUGCCGCUCUUCUCUAA